AUGACUCCCGUCACGCCGUCCUCAGAUGUCAGCCCGCUGUCAGCCGAGCCAACAACCACCGCCGCUCUCUCGCACGCCCAGUACGCCCGCGCCGGCGAUGCCUUUGCCCUCAACCUCGGCACCCUGCCCGACGCCAGCAACUUCCUGCUGAAGACGAGCCUCAAGUCGCCGCACAUGCCGCUGGACUCGCCCGCCUGCUUCCCCUUCUCGCCCAUGAGCAACACCUUCCUCAACGGUUCCGGCAACUACAAGAAGCGCUCGCGCAACAUGUCCACCACCUCGAGCGCCGAGCGGGACUUCCACUCCGCCGCCGACUCGCACCCCACCCCGCAUCACCACUCGGCCUUUGCCAACGGCUCCUCCAACGGCGCCUCCGACCUCCAGAGCUCCAACGCGAAGAAGCGCCCCAGCGACGGCACCAUCGACUACCCGCGCAGACGCGCCACCAUUGCGUGCGAAAUAUGCCGCUCGCGCAAGAGCCGCUGCGACGGCAACCGCCCAAAAUGCAGGCUCUGUACUGAACUCAACGCCGAGUGUGUCUACCGCGAGCCGGGCAUCAAGCUCGAUGCCGGCGACAAGCUGAUCCUCGAGCACCUGGACCGCAUCGAGGGCUUGUUGCGCACCAACAUGACCCCUCAGCAACCCAGCAGCAUCUUCGGCGGCCUUGGCCCCUCAGGCUCGCCGGCCGCCAGCAACAGCACCAGCGAAGACGUACUGAUGCGCCAAGGACCUGGCGCUGCCAUGGGAAUGCUGCCCUUCAACGGACUCGGGACGUGGUCGGCCUCCCUGUCCAACAUCUCGACCAUGCCCAAGAUCCACACCACCCCGGCCUUGCACCUGCUGCAGUGGCCGAUGAUCCGGGACCUGGUGUCGCGGCCCUACGACCCCCAAGUGCUGCUCCAACUGGAGAUGUCCCGCGAGCCGCUGCACUUGAACUCUUCACAGCGCCUCGAUUUGUCCAACACCAACAUCUACGUCCACGCAUUCUUCGACAGAGUCAACGUGUGGUAUGCCUGCGUCAACCCGUACAACUGGCACUCGUAUUACCGCAUUGCUCUCUCGAACGGCUUCCGUGAGGGUCCCGAGAGUUGCAUUGUCCUACUCGUGCUUGCUCUGGGCGCCGCGAGCAAUGCGGGCAGCAUAUCGCAACAGCCGCGAGAUAAGGACCCACCGGGCAUGUCUUACUUUGCUGCCGCAUGGGCCUUGCUUCCCAACUUGAUGACCAGGAACAACACCAUUGCAGCGCAAUGCCACAUCCUGGCUUCCGCAUAUCUCUUCUACAUCGUCAGGCCGCUUGAGGCUUGGAACCUGCUGACGAACACGAGCCUGAAGCUCCAGUUGUUGCUCAGUGCGCCAGGAAGAGUACCGCCGCAGGCCAAGGAAAUGAGCGAGAGAGUCUACUGGAACACGCUGCUCUUUGAAAGUGACUUGCUUGCUGAGCUCGACCUUCCCCAUUCGGGCAUCGUCCAGUUCGAGGAAACCGUGGGCCUACCCGGAGGUUUUGAAGACGAGGGUGACGAGCCGGCCGCUGGCCGCGACGAGCUGUGGUACUUUUUGGCGGAAAUAGCGCUUCGCCGGCUUCUCAACCGCGUCAGCCACCUCAUCUACACCAAAACGUCGACCAACGCGUCCAUCGCAUCAUUGGAGCCCUUGGUUGCCGAGCUCGACUUCCAGCUCACACAGUGGUAUGAGGGCCUGCCCCUUCCGGUGCAGUUCCCGCACAGCAGGGUGCCACUGUCGAAUCCCGUCCAGACGGUGCUGCGUUUGCGAUACUUUGCAUGCAGGACCAUUAUUUUCCGGCCAUACAUCCUCGCGGUGUUGAAUGACGAGUCGGCCGCUAUGGAUCUGGUGGUGCAGGAGAAUUGUCGACGAUGCCUGGAAGCCUGCAUCCGCCAAUUGGAGCACAUCUCCGCACAUCAUUCCGGCCACCUUCCCUAUCUGUGGCAAGGCGCACUAUCAAUCGUGUCGCAAACCCUGCUCGUCAUGGGUGCGACUAUGUCGCCGUCGCUCUCGGCACUUCUGCCGCCGCCACCAGCCAUGGACGCCAUCAUAAACGACGUGGUAGUUGAGAUUGAGCGCUACGCCCAUCUGGCGCCUAGCCUCCGCUUGUCGGCCGAGAUCAUUCGCGAAGCUGAAGAACGACGCCAAAUGUUUCUACGAUCUGCGGGUUUGAAGGUUUGA